UAAAAACCAACCGAAAGAACUUUGUUGUGCAAAAAUAACUGUCAAAUGUGCCUAUUGAUUAAGAAAAAAAACAAGUUAAUUUUACAAAGUAUGUAAACAGACAUUUGUACAAUCAAGAGGUCACAGUCAAUUGUUCUACAGUCAGUGCGUUCUACAGUCAACAGAUUUCCACAGGAAGUGCAUUCUACAGUCGGUGCGUUCUACAGUCAAAAAUUCUACAAUUGGUUCAUUUUACAGACAUGAUUCUACAGUCAAUAGCCACGUGACUUGAAUCAUAUAUAAACUUUGAAAAUUUCAAAAAGUUUCAUCAGUUCUGAGCAAAUCUCAGACAGGAUACAACUCUGCUUUUUUUGUUCCUUGUGAGAUCCUUGUCAGCAGCAGAAAUGGAGCAAAAACAUCAAGACUUGAUUAAGGCAAACUACUCGACAUUGGUGAAGAAGAUGAUGGCUGUUCCUGUUGCGGGACAUCUUUACGCCUCAAACAUAAUUACCGAUGAAAUGAGACAACAGAUAGACGCUGAGAAAACCAGCUAUGACAAAAACAGAAAAUUGAUCAGCUUCAUUUUACGUCGAGGUUCGAGAGCUUUUAUGGGACUUAGAAUGGCAUUAAUGAAAGCCAAUCAAGCUGACUUAUCCCGACUCCUAAUGAAUAAGGAUGAUGACACAAAGUCUGAGUACGAAAAGAAGCUGGACAUGGCAAGAUCAUUAGUCGUUAAUACUAAAGAAAGAGGAGGUUCCAGAAAUCAAUCAAAGAAAGUCGAUCAUCAACAGUCUCAGGAGCCAAGAUGUAGGAUAAGUUUGGAUGACUUUAAUGACCUAUUCCUCACCGUCAUGCCUUUUAAGGGGGAGAUUUACGUCCACAUCCGUCAUUUCACAGAAUCGCAUGGUCGUUUCAUUGCCACCAAGAAGGGAGUUACCUUUCCUUUAGCCCGUUGGUUAAAGUUUGAAUCUCUCUUACCAGAUAUUCAAGACUACAUUGACAAUACUGGAAAAGAGGAUGAAGAAGCACAGUGGCAUGUUGGUGGAGGUGUGUUCGUUUCGUUAUCACCAGGCUAUCCGACAGUGGACAUAAGACACUUUUGGAAGCCAGACAAUGUUCAAGAACCUAUACCUACAAGGAAAGGUGUAACUCUAAACAGAAACAAAUUUGCCAGACUUAUCGAUGUCAUCGGGGAGAUGCAUGAAUGUGUUCCAGAACUAAAAGACAUUGAACUUUGCAUGCUCAGCGAGUCUCAUCAAAAUCAGCUUGGAAUGUUAAGCUGCCCGGAAUGUACCCCCUUUGGCUACGAUCCACAAGACAAUAUAUCAAUGGAAUGUAACGCCGGUGAUUUACAAGACAGGGAAACCAUUGAAAAUGAUCUUGAAUGA